CGGGAGGAUCGGAAAGGUUAAAAAUGAGAAGGAAUUUAUCUCCAGGAAGCUCAAUCAUGGCACACCAGUUUUGUUGUCUCUGUCCAGAUAUUUAAGAAGUGGGGCGAGGGAUUCAAUCGACCAUCCUUCCUGCUCAGACUGUGGGGAGGGAUUCACUCGAUCAUCCUUCCUGCUCAGACUGUGGGGAGGGAUUCACUCCGUCAUCUGACCAACUGGCACGCCCGUCAUUUUACACAGGAGAGAGGCCAUUCACCUGCUCAGACAGUGGGAAUGUAUUCACUCGGUCAUCACAAUUGAAGGUACAUCAGCACAUUCACACUGGGCAAGGCCAUUCACCUGUACUGUGUGUGAGAAAGGAUUCAGUCAGUCUUCCCACCUGUGGACACACCAGUCAGAUCACUCUGGGCAAAGGCUGGUGAUCUGCUGAAUAUCUGGGAAAGGAUUCACUCAGUCAUCUGACCUAAUGGCACACCAGCGUGUUCACACUGGGCUGAGGCCGUUCACCUGCUCACAAUGUGGGAAGGGAUUCACUCAGUCAUCCCACCUGCACAGUCACAAACGAGUUCACACUGGGGAGAAGCCAUUCACCUGCUCAGUCUGUGGGAAGGGAUUCACUCAGUCAUCCACACUACAGAGUCAUCAGCGAGUUCACACUGGAGAGAGGCCAUUCACCUGCUCAGAGUGUGGGAAGGGAUUCACUCGGUCAUCCCAACUACUGGCACACCAGCAAGUUCACACUGGGGAGAGGCCGUUCACUUGCUCAGAAUGUGGGAAGAGAGUCACUGAUUCAUCUGCCCUACAGAGACAUCAGCGAGUUCACACUGGGGAGAAGCCGUUCACCUGCUCAGAAUGUGGGAAGAGAUUCACUGAUUCAUCCACCCUACAGAAGCAUCAGCGAGUUCAUACUGGGGAGAAGCCGUUCACCUGCUCAGAAUGUGGGAAGAGAUUCACUCAAUUAUCCAAUCUACAGAGACAUCAUCGAGUUCACACUGGGGAGAAGCCGUUCACCUGCUCAGUCUGUGGGAAGAGAUUCACUGAUCCAUCCACACUACUGAGUCAUCAGCGAGUUCACACUGGGGAGAAGCCAUUCACCUGCUCAGAAUGUGGGAAGGAAUUCACUCGGUCAUCCUACCUACAGAGUCAUCAACAAGCUCACACUGGAGAGAAGCCGUUCACCUGCACAGAAUGUGGGAAGAAAUUCACUUGGUCAUCCACACUACAGAGUCACCAGCGAUUUCACACCGGGGAGAAAUCGUUCAUCUGCUCAGACUGUGGGAAGGGAUUCACUGACUCUUCCACCCUACAGAGACAUCAGCGAGUUCACACUGGGGAGAAGCCAUUCACCUGCUCAGAAUGUGGGAAGGGAUUCACUCAGUCAUCCCACCUACUGGAACACAAGUUAGUUCACUCUGGGGAGAAGCCGUUCACCUGCGCAGAAUGUGGAAAGAGAUUCGCUCACUCAUCCAACCUACAUAGUCAUCAGCGAGUUCACACUGGGGAGAAGCCGUUCACCUGCUCAGAAUGUGGGAAGAGAUUCACACACUCUUCCACCCUUCAGAGACAUCAGCGAGUUCACACUGGGGAGAAGCCGUUCACUUGCUCAGAAUGUGGGAAGGCAUUCACUCAGUCAUCCCACCUACUGGCACACCAGUCACGAGUUCACACCGGGCAGCGGCUGUUCGCCUGCUCAGACUGUGGGAAGGGAUUCACUUGCUCAUCUAAACUGAAGGUACAUCAGCGAGUUCACACUGGGGAGAGGCCAUUCACCUGCUCAGACUGUGGGAAGGGAUUCACUUGCUCAUCCACACUGAAGGCACACCAGCGAGUACACACAGGGGUGUGGCCGUUCACCUGCUCAGAAUGUGGGAAGGGAUUCAGUCAGUCAUCUGAUCUACAAAAACACCAGCGAGUUCACACUGGGGAGAGGCCGUUCAUCUGCUCAGACUGUGGGAAGGGAUUCAGUCAUUCAUCCACCCUACACAGUCACCAACGAGUUCACACUGGGGAGAGGCCAUUCACCUGCUCAGAUUGUGGGAAAGGAUUCAGUCAUUCAUCCACCUUACAGAGACACCAGCGAGUUCACACUGGGGAGAAGCCAUUCACCUGCUCAGAAUGUGGGAGGGGAUUCACUCAGUCAUCUGAUCUACAAAACCACCAGCGAGUUCACACUGGGGAGCGGCCAUUCACCUGCUCAGUCUGUGGGAAGGGAUUCACACAGUCGUCCAAACUAUUGGCACACCAGUCAGUUCACACUGGGGAGCGGCCAUUCACCUGCUCAGACUGUGGGAAAGGAUUCACGCUGUCAUCUAAUCUACUGAGACACCAGCGAGGUCACACUGGGUAAAGGCCUGCUCAGUCUUUGGGAAGAGAUUCUCUCGGCCAUCUCCACCAAAUGUGUAUGAUUGUCAAGUCAAAUUUGAGUUUCAGGAAGGUAUCAAGGAAGAGCAAGAAUUCACUGGCAGAGAGGACGGAACCUACUGCCUGAGGGCGGUUUCUGCCCAGAACAUUUGGGCGGACCCCGCAGCGUCACAGUGGCAGUCCGAGAGCAGCGUCACAACCCGCGGUAAGUUGCCGAACUUUAAAUAAUUGUUGAGACUGUUUCAGGGGAAGGAACACUGCUGUCACUGCGUUUGGUUUAACUCCGCCAUCGGGAUCAUCGCAUGCAGGCACUUCUUGAAAAUGGCGCAAGGGUUCACCCAGUUUGGAACCAUAACGGUCCAGUAGAGAAACGGAGGUGCAGGUCCGAAAUUGUCUCCGAAGUCCGAGAGGCAGCCAGUUUUUCACCUAAUCCUAAUGCUAAUGCUAAUGCUAAUGCCACUGCCUUAUGACUAACCUUGACUAGACUAAUGACUGACAUGACUGAUUAUUUAUGACUACUGACUAAUAACUAAGAACUAUGAAAUGCCACACUUGUGAAAAUAAAAAUAAAAAAUGGAAAAGAAGGAAAGUUGUUUGGUCAUUGAAUGGAAUCCGGUUAAAACCUUCGGGUAUUCAGUCCCGUUCGAGUGUGGAAGCUGCACAUGUGCAAAGGGAGCAGUGAAAAUACUGCUUGACAAAACUGUUUGACUCGGAAACUGGAGGACCAGGAAACAGAAAUCUGUGAGCUUUGAGCUGGGACAGCAAGAGCAAUAAACUGUAGUCCUGAAAAAGGAAGGAAGGAGAAAGGAGGAUGCUGAAAUACUAACACCAACGGCGUUGGGCUUUUCCUCCAAUUUUCCCACGCCAGCCAUCAGACUGAAACCGACGGCCCUUCCCAAGUUUCCUGGCAGCAGACGUGAUUUUCACAGGUGGAGAAAGGACUGGGACGCACUCCAGAGGCAGGG